CCAUCUCUGACGCAAGUCAAAUGUGAAGCAACUUGUCAUGUCGACGGCUGAGGAUAUGCUAGGCGUCGAGUCUACGACACCAACAACACUCCAAGAAAUGAAUGCGACCAUGGUUUCUGACCCCUCAGUGACGGGCGAUGUCACUCAAUCAAUUGCACCGCCUUCCAACCAAGCAAAGGAAUCCGCGCGGGAGGAGGGAGCCGGCCACGACGAUUCCCACUUGUUACGUCCCAUCGAUGCUUCUUCCUCGGACUCAACGAGCGUAGCCCAGCAGAUCUCGGACAACCGCGAACCCUCAUACAUCAGACAAGAAGCCACAACAACACAGAUCCGCCAAGUGCCGGAGAACUCGACCAUCGCAACCCUCAAACACGAACACAGCUCGCGCACACAGUCGCCACUACGCGAAUCAUCGGUUCCAGUACCUUCGACCGAGAUGCCUGGCCUAAUCACAACACCUGCGCCGGCGCCUCCCAAGAGAAGCCACCACAAGAAGAAGGGCGUCGCAGCAGCUGCCACUACUAAGCGUAGUGCCGUCGGUCCUGCUAAGCGCAGCCACAAGAAGAAGGUUGUCGCUUCUACGGCCGCUACACCUGCUCAAUCUUCACCAGCACCACGCUCCGUGCGCGCUGCUUCCUCGCCAGCAAGAUCCUCACCUGACCCCGAUGGAAAUGGCGACCAACAAUUCUCUGGAGAAGAGGGAGAAGAAGAGGAGGAUGGUGGAGCCAUCUCGGAUGAUGAGCUCUACUGUAUUUGCAAGCGGCCUGACACCGGUACUUUCAUGAUAGGAUGUGAUGGUGGCUGCGAUGACUGGUUCCACGGAAGCUGCGUUAAGAUUUCGGAAAAGUGGAAGACUUUGAUCGACAAGUACAUCUGCGAGUCUUGCAAAGCCAAGGGCCGGGGUGAAACGACGUGGAAGAGAAUGUGCCGUCGCAAUGGUUGCGGUAUGCCUGCUCUGGUGUCAAAGGGUACAAAGUACUGCUCAGACAGAUGUGGCCUCCUCUUCAUGCAGGAGAUGAUAUCAGAAAGAACUCGCAAGAGCACAGAAACAACCAGCAGAGCGAAGAAGGGCCAGCAAACCGCAAACGAAGACUUGGGCGCUAGAGGCGGCAUCAUCAGCGCAGGCGAGCUCAAAGCCCUCUUCCUCACCGCACCCACCCUUGAAGGUCUAAAGAGUCUCGGCGAUGGCUCCCUCUCACCAAUCACCGCCACCUCACCAGCCGCCAGCACCACAAAGAAAGAAACGAGGGAAACACCCCUAUCCCACGAAUCCGCUCUAAACGACAUCGAACACGAACGUAUCAUUCAACUCACACACCUGAAAUCCACCGCUCGCGACCGCCACGCCCUCCUCAAAGACCGCGCGAAAUUCGUCGCCAUGCUUAAGACCGUGGCGUCCCGUCUCGCCGAUCACAGAAACCUGAAGCCCAAAGACCUCUGCGGCUUCGACUCUCGUCUCACAUGGGGAGAAGACGAAUUCGACACAUGGAGAGCCUCUCCCGCCGGCAAAGAAGCUCUAAACAUUGGCAGUCUGCCCUUACCCGAUGAAGACGAAGAUGCGGAUAUGGAUGCUAGCACGAACGCCACCCCUACACAACAAGAACCCUGCACAAAGAAAAAAUGCCUCAAGCAUCACGAUUGGGCUAAGCUCCAAAUCGAAGAUACGAGAUUUGAGAUUACGCAAAAUGCUGAUUUCAUGAGGGUGUUGGAGAAGGAAGAGAAAGAGAUAAUCGAGAGGGCUAGACUGAGAGCUAGAGAGAUCAAAGCUGGUGGUGUGGGUGGAACGGUCGAGUUCCAUUAUCUGACGCCUCCGAGGGAGAGUCAAGAGGACAAGGAGAUGGGGGUGAAAGCUGUGGUUGUUAUGCAGGGUGUUGAAGACGCUGGAGAUGUUGAUAUGGAGGGAGAGGAUGUCAAGAUUGAGAUUCCUGAGGACAAGGAAGUCAAAGUCGAAGUUGUUGACACCGAGGAACAACAGAACGAUGACGAGGACAAGGAGGUUGACAUGCUGGAUGCCAUCGAAGCUUCCAUCUGAUCACUCUUUGUUCUUUACAAUGCAUAGGAAAACGGCGUUUUUAUGGGGCAAAGGAAAGGCAAAAACUAGUUAUACCCCUGAGUGGAAAGCAGAUAGGCAGCCCCAAAAAACAGGCACAAUCAUCGAGAGCUAGAAAAGCAUAGCAUAACGUCCACGCACCGAGCAUUUCAAUCAAUAGCUCACUUUCAUCAGUCAACGCUUAUGCAAGAAGAUCUUUUUCCAUUCUAUUCGAGUCCAUUCUUUUUUUUUUCAAGAACACCGGGAUAUCUACUGCAUUUUACUCAACAAAAAAGUCUCGGAUAAUUCUCUACAGGAACCACUCAAGCUCAAUCUCCAUGGCAGAGACGGGGAAGGGCAGUUCGAAGUUCUUGAGUACUGUCGGGUGCAUGACACCGAAAGUGCCGACUCUUUGAGGCUUGUCACCAAGCUUGACGAAAAUAGCUGCCGAGUGGCCGGCGAAGAAAGUCGGGUC